AUGACAGAAAUGGGCUACCAACUAAUUAAUGAUUUGGAGACCACAACACGGAACACACUAACGUCAACGCAACGGGACACAAACCCGGACCUGACAUUUCUGGGCGAAACUACAAGACCACUCAGGGCAAAAUGGAGGAAUACCGAAGAAACACUGGGAAGUGAUCACAAGAUCCUCGAGAUAGUGAUCCCCUUUCGAGGCAACAUCAAAGAAAGCAGACAACAACACAUCGUGGACUGGCAUGACUACAAACAGAAAUUAGAAGCCAACGGCCCGGAAACCAUAGAAGACAUCGAGGCGUGGGCAAACCUGCUCAACGGCACGAUCCAGAGCGCAACGCAAACGGUUAAUGCCGAGGCAGAAGGCGUGCAAAUCGAUAGCCGCCUAGCCCACCUAAUGGAGGCCCGAAGCUCACUCAAAAAGCGCUGGAAACAACAACGCCAUAACAGGAAACUGAGGAAAAGAAUCGCACAACUCAACGUGGAAAUCGAAAAACACAGCAAGGUGGUCUGCCGGCAGCAGUGGCACGCCAUGUGCCAAGAAGCAGACGGCCAGCUGCACAAGGGAAAGACCUGGAAAUUACUACGGCACCUGUUGGACGAACAACACACCAAGGGAACGCAACAAUACAUCCUCAACAGAACCCUACACAAGGCAGUCAUGGAAAUGGGAGAAGAAGAGGUAAAGAAACGCCUCAACAACAAAUACCUCCCGGAGGCACCGACGGAUCCGUUGCCGAUAUACACCGGCACGGACAACGCACCCCUGGACGAGGAUAUCGAAGAAUGGGAAGUGCGUGCAGUGCUCCAAUCGAUCAACUGCAAGUCGGCGCCCGGGAUAGACCAGAUCACUAACAAAGCACUACGAAAUCUAAGUGAUACGACAAUAUCCGCCCUCACUAAAUAUUUCAACCGGUGCUGGAGAGACGGAAAACUACUGCAGCAGUGGAAGACCGCCAAAGCGGUCCUAAUCCCAAAGCCGAACAAGCCACCGGGUAUCGAAAACUUGAGGCCAAUAUCCCUCACGUCAUGCGUCGGGAAGCUACUAGAACAUGUCUUGCUGAAUCGGUGGCAGCAAUACUUGGAAGAAAACAACAUAUACCCGGACACCAUGCUCGGUUUCCGGGCCAAACUCUGCACACAGGACGCAAUGCUUCUGCUCAAGCACGAAGUAAUGGACAGCAAGACCAAGGACAACACGGCAGUGCUGGGGCUGGACCUGCAGGGCGCGUUUGAUAACGUGCACCACUCGGCCAUCCUCAAGCAAGUGUCCCACCUUAACAUGGGAACAAGAUCCUUCAACUACAUCAAAGACUUUCUGAUGGACCGCACCGUACAAGUGAUAGCAGGGGACCUGCAGCUCCCACCCAAACAACUCGGGAGCACAGGCACGCCACAAGGAUCAGUGAUAUCCUCGCUGCUAUUCAACCUUGUAAUGAUCGGGGUUGCCAACAAGCUCAACACCAUACAGAACGUCAAAUACACCAUAUAUGCGGAUGAUAUUACGAUCUGGAAAACGCAAGGCAGCGACGGACAACUCGAGGCGGCGUUGCAAGAAGCGGUGUCAGCAGUCGAAGAUUACCUACAACACACGGGACUGAAAUGUUCACCGGCAAAAUCGGAAUUGAUGUUAAUCACCCCACGAGGCAAGCGCUUCAAGGAGCAACCCGUAAACAUCACAAUCAGGACGGGCGAUCGAGGAGAAAUCCCCAAAGUUAAAGCACUUAAAGUUCUGGGCCUCCGGCUCAGGGACAAGGGCAGCAACGAAAAGACCCUAGUGAAUGAAUUACAAACGAAGAUAGUACGAGCCGUCCGGCUCAUCAACAAGGUUGCCACAAGACAACAAGGCAUGAAAGAAGACAGCCUGCUGCGGUUAACACAGUCCUUUGCGAUUAGCCACGUUGCGUACGUGGCGUCCUAUCACAACUGGCGGGCGGACGAAAAGAAGACAAUUGACGCUGCCAUCCGCAAGGCAUACAAGAGCGCCAUAGGGCUAUACCGUCACACAAGCACGGAGCACAUGCUCGCUUUGGGCGUACACAAUACGCUCGAAGAGAUCAUGGAGGCCCAACAAACAGAGCAGUACCAUCGCCUAGCUCAAACCAGAACGGGGAGAGCCAUCCUGAACAGGAUAGGCAUGGAAAUACCACAUACCUCACCGAGGGAAGCGGCCGCCUUACGCCAAGACGUGAUGCGCAAGAUCCGGAUACCACCUGCACCAAGACACAUGCACCCGCAGAAUGACCAAGAGCGAAGAACGGCAAGAGCAGUGGCACUAACAAAGAGCCAUCACAACGAUCCACACGCCUACUACGUGGACGUGGCCAAAUACCACAACGUGAAGAACGCCUAUACGGCGGCGGUCCUCAGAGCAAGCACCGGGGAACUCGUCUCCGCAGGAAGCAUACGGUGCAGAACACCAGCGCAGGCGGAAGAAUACGCCAUUGCACUGGCAAUGCACGCAACAGACUGUCGCACGAUAAUAAGCUAUUCAAAAACGGCGGUCACCAACAUUUCGCAAAACAGCGUAUACCCCACCACGGCAAGAGCGCUAACUUCAACAGCACAGAAUGGAAGACUGGCCACCAACGUCACCAUCAAGUGGUUCCCGGCACACGCUGACCCGACAGAAGCCACGGCCGAGAACGAGAAGAGCGAAGAGUUUGCCAUCACCAAGUACGGAGAAGUCCUGCUGUGGUACAGGGCAAGCCGUAACAAGUAUCCACCACCUCAUCGGGACCUAACACGCAAGGAAGUGACCACCUUCCGACAGUUACAAGCAAGAGCAAUUUGGACUCCGGUAUGGGCGAAACACGUCUGUCCGGAAAUAUAUCACACGGACACGUGCCAACGGUGUAAGAAGGCAUGGGCCACCCAGAGCCAUAUACUCUGGGAAUGCUCGCCUCCCGCACCCAACACACAAGACAUCGAGAUGCCAGACAAGAUCGGCAACAAGAUUACCAGCACAGACCUCGAGACUCAACGGGCCGUCGUCCAGCACGUCCUCGAGCUCCUAGACCGGCAGAAACCCGAAACGUCGUCUCGCUCGCGGGGCAACGGAUAA